AUGUCAUAUCUCAGGCGGUUUUCUUUCUUUCUUUCUUUCUUUCUUUCUUUCUUUACCCAUAUCUUUUAUUUCUAUACAUUUCUUUUUCUAUUUCUUUUUAAUGAUAUCUCCUCUUCCAUUUCUUUCUUUCUUUCUUUCUUUCUUUCUUUCUUUAACCUCACUUCUUCCUUUUUCCGUUCAUUUUAUUUUCUCUCGUCCUUUCUCCAAUCUAUUCUUUCUUUCUUUCUUUCUUUCUUUCUUUUUUUCUUUCUUUCUUUUCUUUUCUUUCUUUCUUCUUUCUUUCUUUCUUUCUUUCAGUUUAAUAUCUAUCUAUUUAUCUAUCUAUCUAUCUAUUUCAGUCAGUUAAUAUCUAUCUAUCUAUCUAUCUAUCUAUCUAUCUAUCUAUCUAUCUAUCUAUCUAUCUCAGACUUUUCAUAUACAAUUGUUCUUGGUCUUCCCUUAUCUAUCUAUCUAUCUAUCUAUCUAUCUAUCUAUCUAUCUAUCUAUCUAUCUAUCUAUCUCAGUCUGUUCAUUAUCUAUCUAUCUAUCUAUCUAUCUAUCUAUCUAUCUAUCUAUCUAUCUAUCACAGUCCCUCCAUAUCUAUCUCUAUCCAUCUCACUCUAUCCAUGUCUGUCUCACCCUAUUCAUAUCUACCUACAUAUCUAUCUAUCUAUCUAUCUAUCUAUCUAUCUAUCUAUCUAUCUAUCUAUCUAUCUCAGUAAGUUAAUAUCUAUCUAUCUAUCUAUCUAUCUCAUCUAUCUAAUAUCUAUCUAUCUAUCUAUCUAUCUAUCUAUCUAUCUAUCUAUCUAUCUAUCUAUCUAUCUAUCUCAUCCCUCCAUAUCUAUCUGUCUAUAUUCAUUAAUAUCUAUCUCACUCUAUUCAUAUUUAUCUAUCUCAUCCUCUUCAUAUAUGUCUAUCUAUCUAGCUAUCCAUCUCACUCUAUCCAUGUCUGUCUCACCCUAUUCAUAUCUACCUACAUAUCUAUCUAUCUAUCUAUCUAUCUAUCUAUCUAUCUAUCUAUCUAUCUAUCUAUCUAUCUAUCUCAUUAAUAUCUAUCUAUCUAUCUAUCUAUCUAUCUAUCUAUCUAUCUAUCUAUCUAUCUAUCUAUCUAUCUAUCACAGUCCCUCCAUAUCUAUCUGUCUAUAUUCAUUAAUAUCUAUCUCACUCUAUUCAUAUUUAUCUAUCUCAUCCUCUUCAUAUGUGUCUAUCUAUCUAGCCCAUCUCACUCUAUCCAUGUCUGUCUCACCCUAUUCAUAUCUACCUACAUAUCUAUCUAUCUAUCUAUCUAUCUAUCUAUCUAUCUAUCUAUCUAUCUAUCUAUCUAUCUCAGUAAUUAAUAUCUAUCUAUCUAUCUAUCUAUCUAUCUAUCUAUCUAUCUAUCUAUCUAUCUAUCUAUCUAUCUAUCACAGUCCCUCCAUAUCUAUCUGUCUAUAUUCAUUAAUAUCUAUCUCACUCUAUUCAUAUUUAUCUAUCUCAUCCUCUUCAUAUAUGUCUAUCUAUCUAGCUAUCCAUGUCUGUCUCACCCUAUUCAUAUCUAUCUAUCUAUCUAUCUAUCUAUCUAUCUAUCUAUCUAUCUAUCUAUCUAUCUAUCUAUCUAUCUAUCUCGGACUUGUCUCUCUCACUCUCUUUCUUUAUUUCGACUUCUCUUUCUCUUUUAUUUUGUUGUUUCUUUCUUUUUUAAUUUCUAACUUAACCUCUUUCUUUCUUUCUUUGGUUUUACUUUCUUUCUUUCUUUCUUUGGCUUUACUUUCUUUCUUUCUUUCUUUCUUUCUUUCUUUCUUUGGCUUUCUUACUUUCUUUCUUUCUUUCUUUCUUUCUUUCUUUCUUUGGCUUUACUUUCUUUCUUUCUUUCUUUCUUUCUUUCUUUCUUUCUUUUUUCUUUCUUACUGA